AUGUCCCUUUCUUUGAAAUCCCGAGCCCAAGGCGCCAUCUGGGGUGUCUGCGUAGCCGAUGCCCUAGGUGGCCCAGUUCAGUUCAAAGACGCAGGAACAUUCGAACCAAUCAAGGACUUGAGAUAUGUUGCUCCUUUCAAACAACCGGCCGGUUCCUAUUCCGACGACGGGUCCAUGACGCUAGCCUUAGCGACUUCUUUAUUCAAGUCAGACAUGCAAUACAACCAUGAGCUCUCAAUCCAACACUACGUCCAGUGGAUGACCGAAGGUCGUUUCAGCACCAUCAAUCGCGCAUGGGAUAUGGGACGAUCAACUCGUACAGCGCUGAAGAUCUGGAAGAACUCUGGGCUGCGGGAUAUGAGACUUGCCCAGGCUUCCAUUGAUUCACAACUGGAUCGCGAGGAGAGUUCAGGAAAUGGAAGUCUGAUGAGGAUCGUUCCCAUCGGGGUGUGUUUCUGGCGAGAUGUUGAAAUGGCAAGGAAAAUCGCCAGAGAGCAGAGUCGGGUCACUCAUCCUUCGCUGCCGUGUGUGGAGGCCUGCGAGGCAUACACGGAAUUGGUGGCUGGGAUUAUGAAUGGCAAGACAAAACAGCAGCUCUUUGACACAAUUUCUGUCUUUCCAUUCACACACCCUGCCCUUCAAGGUCGCAUAUCGCAAUACAAGUCCAUUGAGGAUUGGAGGGCGAAACAUCCCGGUGAUAUGACAAGUAGUGGGUGGGUUGUCGACACCCUUGAAUGUGCUUUAUGGGCCUUCUUCAAGUUUGACUCGUGGAAGAAGGGCGCCUUGGCUGUCGUCAAUCUGGGAGGUGAUUCCGACACCGCCGGAGCUGUCUACGGGGGCCUUGCAGGGUGUUUCUAUGGGAUUGCAUCCAUACCCAGUGAGUGGGUGAAUGGAAUGCAAAACCAGGAGUUCAUCAAAGGCGUCGCAGAAUGUUUCUCUACCCCAAUUGAAGGUUAA